AUGCAACGAUCAUUGACGCAAAGGGAAAUUGAAGAAUGUUUGUAUGAAGAUUUACCUUCAGGACCUGAAAGUGAAGCCAGUUCCGAUGAGGAUGAAUAUCUAGACACGCCUGAGUGGCCAGUGUCAAAAUCGAUAUUGGAUGUGUGUGGGGCAGAUGUACAGAAUAUCCAUGAAGAGCUAUUCGACGACGAGGAUGGCAUACCAUUAUCAAACUUUGUAAGUCAGAAUAAUGUUGUUACCUCUACGACCUUGCAGCCUCCUAAAUGGAAAAUGACCUUCUCUAUGGAUAUACCUGGCGAGUUUGUUGAGAGUGUGGGCUUAGCUGAUCAUAUAAUCAGCUUGGAAGAUGUAACACCACUCCGAUUGUUUCGCAUGUUUUGGACAGAGGACUUGGUUGAGGUCAUAAGCUUUCAAACUAACCUAUAUGCAACGAAAGAAGGUAAACCUUUUUCUCCUACCAGUCCUUCUGAAAUACAAACUUUCUUGGCCAUAAAUAUGGUGAUAGGUAUAAAAAAGCUACCGAGUUACAAAGAUUACUGGUCUUCUGCUCCUGAUUUACGUGACUCCUACAUUUCCUUUUGUAUGCCCCUAAAUCGCUUCAGCUGGCUUCUUGGAUGCUUGCAUCUGAAUGACAAUAAUCUCAUGCCAGACUAUAAUAAGUUAUAUAAAGUCCGUCCUAUGCUUGAAAUUCUUCGCCGCAACUUCAGAAAUAAUUAUAAACCAUCCGAAAGUAUCGCGGUCGACGAAAGCAUGAUAAAAUUCAAAGGUGGCAGUUCUCUGAAGCAGUACAUGCCGAAAAAACCGAUCAAGCGGGGUUACAAUAAACAAGUUACUCGCAGGAAACGUGAUGGAAGUGCAGUUAGGAUCGAUUGCCCUCUGGCUGUAAAGAAAUACAACAGCAAUAUGAACUUCGUUGAUAAAUUCGAUCAAUUAAAAGCGUGUUACUCCAUCGACCGAAAAUCCCAAAAGUGGUGA